AUCCCUUCACCGUCUCUCUCAUGGAGCUCUUCUUCCUCCUCCCAUGGUUACUCUUCUCAGGGGCAUUAUGGGCAUCGCCGGCAGAAGGUGCGGGGACCACCUUCACCAUCAAGAACAAGUGCCCCUACACCGUCUGGCCGGGCACAUUGUCUGGCAAUGGCGCCGGCCUCCUCGGCGGCGGCGGCUUCGAGCUUUCCCCUGGCGCCACCGCCUCCUUCUCUGCCCCGCCUGGCUGGUCCGGCCGCUUCUGGGCCCGCACUCGUUGCGUCUUCGCCUCCUCCUCCUCCUCUCCUCCCAACGGCUCCUGCGUGACCGGAGACUGCGGCGGCGCCCUCCACUGCGCGGUCGGUGGCGUCCCGCCGGUCAGCCUCGCCGAGUUCACCCUCGGCGGAGGCGGAAACGGCGCCGCCAAAGAUUUCUACGACGUGAGCUUGGUCGACGGCUACAACAUCGGCAUCGGAAUCCGCCCCUCCGCGGCGGCGGGCGAUAACUGCCGCUACGCAGGGUGCGUGGCCGACCUGAAUGCGCAGUGCCCGGCGGAGCUGCGGAUGGCGGCGGAGCCAGGAGGGGAGACGGUGGCAUGCAAGAGCGCGUGCGACGCCUUCGGGUCGCCGGAGUACUGCUGCACUGGGGCCUUCGGGUCGCCCGCGACGUGCAGGCCAACGCGCUACUCGCAGCUAUUCAAGGCGGCAUGCCCUGCGGCGUACAGCUACGCCUAUGACGAUGCCACCAGCACGUUCACGUGCACUGCAGGUGCUGCCGACUACCUCAUCACCUUCUGCCCCGCAACCGCCGACGCCGCCGACCAGGCUUAGCUCUAAGCCUCCAAGUCUAACUAUAAAGUUUAUAUUUACACGUCCAGUGGAGGUAUGAACAAAGAGAGGAAUUGAGACAUAACCACAUAGCUAUGUAUUUCUACCGUUAAAAGCAUGUAACCAUAUAUUAUGUUACUUUUAGCUCACAGGAAUAUAUAAUUAACACGUUUUCAAGCGUGCAGCAAAUGGAAUUUCUCC